GGAUGGUCCAGAACGUCAAAUCGCUGUGGAGGGGCGUUGGUGGCUGAGUUUUACUGUUUUACAAUAUAUAUAUAGCCAUGUAACCUUUCGUAUUUACCCUAUUGUAUAAGGGGUUUCCUGCAUAUAUUCCACACCUGUACAUGUAUAUAUAUACUGGCCUAUGGCCUCCUGGAAAUACAAGUUGCAUAUUUCCUAACAUGGUAUUAGAGCUAGGUCAAUUUUUUGCAUGCUGCAACUCGUGCCAUUGAUCCGUUCCUGCCGCCGGCCGCUGGGUUUUCAUCUGCCCGCCUCGCCCCGUGGUCUUCCUCUGUCCCUCCCGAUCGAUCCGAUCGCGUUGAGCCGCCGUCUUCCGUUCCCUCACCAGGUCUCCUGAUCGAACCGAUCGCUCUGCCCCGCCCCGCAGUCGGGCCUUGGGCCUCUGGUCGCCAUCGCCCCGCAGUCGGGCCUCUCCCGAUCGCGCUCGCCCGGGCCUCUCCCGAUCGAUCGCUCCAGUCACCAGAUCGCCCCGCCACCAACCCUCUGGAUCGAUCGCGCUCGUGCACUCCUGGUUCGCUCCAGCCACCAGAUCGCCCUGCCACCAACCCUCUGGAUCGCCUUCUGCUCUGGAGCGGCGGCCACCAGCUGCCGAUUUUCGCCGCCCUUGCCGGAUUCUGCCGCUGAUCUCCGUCGUUCUGCUGCUGGUUGUGUCUUCGUACGCUACCUCACGACCGAAAGCUGCUGUCGCCUGCUUGUUGACGAAAAAAAAAUGUCUACACCGUCAGGCUAUGUCGCAGUUCCUUGCUGUCCGGUGAUCUUUGAUGGCACUAACUACAUGGAGUUUGUUGGUUUCAUGCGCAUUCAUAUGCGUGGCAUUCAUCUUUGGGGCGUUCUUUCUGGCGAGGUCCGUUGUCCGCCUUGUUCGGUUGCACCUGUGCCCCCUACUCCGCCGACGCCACCGGUUAUUGUUGCCGAUGCUGAUCAAGUUGCGAAGGAUGCAGCUAAGCUUGCAGAUGACACUGCCAUACAUGCUUAUGAUGAGCAGGUUUCGACUUAUGAGGAGGCUCUUCAGACUUCAUAUGAGGCUCUUUCUGCUUACACUCAGUGGCUUGAUCAGGAUGCCCGUGCCGCAACUGUUCUCACUGCUAGUGUUCUGCCUCAGUUUGCCUCUGAGUACUUGGGGCUCCCUACCGUAUCUGAGAUGUGGACCCGUCUUCGUCAGCGCUAUCAGCCCUCUGGUGAUGCCUUAUAUCUGUCUGUGGUCCGGCAGGAACAUGCUCUUUAGCAGGGUGACUCCAGUGUUGACGAUUUCUAUGCACAGAGUUCUGCUAUCUGGCGUCAGCUUGAUUCUCUCCGCACUGCUGGUUGUCGUACUUGUCAGUGUUGCCAGGCUGUGCGGGCUGAUUUGGAGUUUCAUCGUGUCUACGAGUUCUUAUCUCGGCUCCGUAAGGAGUUUGAGCCCCGGCGUGCUCAGUUGUUUGCUCGUGGUCGUAUCUCCCUCAUGGAAGCGCUUUCUGAGAUUUGUGCCGAGGAGACUCGCCUACGUGGUGCUGGUCUACUUGAGGUUCCCUCUGUGCUCGCUGCUCGAGUUCCUAUUAUGUCGCCUGUUGCACCGACCCCAUCCCGCUCCAGUGCUCCUCCGCUCUUACCUACUCCUACGGGCGGCCAGGGUCGGUCUCGUCCUCACUGCGGCUACUGCAAUAUGGAUGGUCAUGUUGAGUAUCAGUGCUUCCAGAAGAAGAAACACCUGCGUAAGGCGCGAUCAUCAGCUUCAGGGACUUCUUCUUCUACUUCGACAUCUUCAGCCACCGCCUUGACUGAGCAGGAUAUUCCGCGACUUAAGCGUCUGCUUACUGCUUCUGGUUCUCCUUCGACGGGUACUGCAGCUUCUGUGGCUGAUGCUUCCCGCACCGAGCAACCACCCUCUACACAGUUAGGAUCGUCGAACGCACACUUUGGUUGGGGCUGGCCCUCGCCGCUGUGACUCUCAGGGUCUUUGGGAGCUAGACUGGCUUCAUGUUCCUUCCGCUGCCACCACUAUCGCCAGUCCAUCCGCUUCUGUCGCUUCAGCUACCGGCUCCUUCCAGCAGUGGCAUCAUCGACUUGGUCAUCUUUGUGGGUCUCGCUUGUCGUCAUUAGUUCGUCGAGGUCUUCUGGGGUCUGUCUCAGGAGAUGUCUCUUUAGAGUGUCAGGGUUGUAGACUCGGCAAACAGAUUCAGUUACCUUAUCCUACUAGUGAGUCGGUGUCUCAGCGUCCUUUUGAUUUAGUCCAUUCUGAUGUAUGGGGUCCGGCACCCUUCGCUUUGAAAGGGGGCCAUCGAUACUAUAUUAUUUUUAUAGAUGAUUUCUCUCGUUACACUUGGCUUUAUUUUAUGACUUCUCGCAGUGAGGUUCUUUCCAUCUAUAAGCGUUUUGCUGCCAUGGUUCACACUCAGUUCUCUUCGCCUAUUUGUGUGUUCCGUGCUGACUCCGCUGGCGAGUAUAUUUCCAAGAUGUUGCGUGGUGUUCUUGCUGAGCAGGGCACUCUUCCUCAGUUCUCUUGUCCUGGUGCUCAUGCUCAGAAUGGCGUGGCUGAGCGAAAGCAUCGCCACCUUCUUGAGACGGCUCGUGCGUUGAUGAUCGCCGCUUCUCUUCCACCUCAUUUUUGGGCCGAGGCUAUCUUCACCUCCACCUAUCUCAUCAACCUUCAGCCGUCCGCUGCUCUCCAGGGUGGUGUUCCUUUCGAGCGUCUCUUUGAUCAUUCUCCUGAUUAUUCGAUGCUUCGCUUGUUUGGUUGUGUUUGCUAUGUUCUUCUUGCCCCUCGCGAACGCACCAAACUGACCGCUCAGUCUGUUGAGUGUGUUUUCUUAGGCU